UGGUGUUCAAUCUACCAAAGUAUUGCAGAUACAUGAAACGCAUUUCGAAGUUUAAAUACGUUUCAAUCGUUCCUUUAUUUGUAAAAUUGUUCGUGGCCCGUUGCGAGCCCGAUGAUGAAUUGUUGAUCACUUGCUACAGCUUAAGAGUCAGAAGAUACAGUUGCUCUAGUGAUCCGUGAACGGAUCUUCUCUUUGAGCAUCUUGUUUUUUAUUAUACUUUUAACGGUUUGGACGGAUUUCUAAUCUUGGGUUAUGGACCCCGCUGAACAAGGCGAACGAUGGCGUGUGAAGCGGGAACCGACCAGUGGCUCCAGUCAGUCGUCGUCACUGGCGCACAGUCCGGAAUCGAAUAUGGCCGUGCCACUGGUCAGACGGUCGCCCUCCAAGUACCGGACGAUCCUGCCCAGUCCGCUGCCGAAUUUCAUUGUACGAACGAAGGAUAAGAAAUUCAAUGAAGCAAUUCCCCUGCCUCCGCGCUGUUCCCGCUUUAAUGGAUACUCUCGAUUGCGGCAGCCACUGAGUUCCUCCAGCCAUACCACGGCCACAUCAUCCUCCGAACUCUCGUCCAUUCAGUCCAUCGACGAUGCAGCAUCACCACGGGAAAAUACAGCGGACGCCAAUGGAGACGCAGUGAUCGUCGGCAAUCGUUCCCGCGACAGCGGAUCCAGGAUGCAGAUCUUUAUCCCGAUUCGUAUGGAAGCCGCGCUGGAUGUGUCCGGGGAACCGGCCACGAUGGCGGAAAACAUGGACAACGUGGACUCACCCGUUGUUAAAGUGGAUGAGCAGCCGGCUUCGGAGCCAGAAUCAUCCUCAACUAACGCGCCGCCGCAGUCUCCCACUCCUACCAGGAUCUCACUGCGUCCUCGACUGUCCGGACGCGCAUCUUAUCGCAAGCAUACACCAGGCGGUGAUAACGCGCCAGACAGGCAGCGAAGUAAAAGUCUGACUCAUGUUGCAGAAUUUGACAGUCCCGAGCUGGAAGAAAAGCCGGCCAAAAAGAAAAAGCAUUCUGCAGCCGACCAAGAUUCCCGCUUCCAGACUUUCGAAGUGGAAAAAAUCCUUCGAAAAAAAGGAGUGAAAGGAAGGGCUCGAUACCUCGUAAAAUGGCUGGGCUUUGACGACUUAACAUGGGAACCGGAGAAGCAUUUUCCCAAGACGAAUGAGGCGUUGCGUGUCUUCAAGCAGCAGUUACUAACGAAAGCUAAAGCCAAAAAGCUUAAUUUGUGGGAUAAAGGGGCGGAGAGCACGAAACCGGACACUGAAGCCAGUUCAUCUCAACCUGAAAGUGAUCCUGUUGUACAAGAUGAAGUCAUCGCUGAACACCAUGGCAUUCCGCCGGCACUGGGGGAAUACCACAGUAGCUUGAGUUUCUCCAAAAAGAACAACGCAUCAUCGUCGCACAGCGAUGAUGGUGUGCAGUUUAUUGUCCCGUGUAAUAAAGCCACGUCUCGGAAAAAUCUGAGUGCGGUUUUAAAACGCGGAAGGGCUGCUCGUCGCUCACCGGAAAUACUGCUCAAACCUCGAGUUGGAGCAUCCAAACUACUCCCAAAAUUGCGGGGCACCGUAGUGGUGAAUCAUAAUUCCGAUUCCCGACCUGGAUGGGCGAAACGCACAGGCGUUCCGGCUGUGCAGAACAAGGAGAGACCGGGAAAGGUUGCUUCUGUAUCUGUGCAGCUGCAUCCGCCGCCAGAAGUACCUGCUGAUACAGCAGCUGGUGAUCUUAUAAACGAUCAGGAAUCCAUUGUUCCGGUGACGUUCGAGAUGGACCACACGUACUGCAGUGCUCCUCCGACGGUCCCCACGCUUUCGUCGGCAGAAGCAGGAGUGAACGAGUCUCAUACUUCUCCUGAAAAACAAGACGGUAUGGACGCAAAACCACCUUCCCCGGAGCUGCCGGAAGUCCCUCCCGUCUACCAUGGACGCAUCCGUUUGUUGUUCGAUAAACCGAUAAGCGAAGAAGCAAACACACAAGACACUCAGCAAACGGAUUCCAUUUCUCAAGCCAAAGCCAGUGUGUUGCCUGUGAUAUGUGAUAAACGCAAACAGUUACCUCCUUCGCCGCCAUCCACCAGUUCUGAUGAACCUGUUAUUGUGGCCAUUCGCCCGCCCCCACGUGAUGCUGGGCCCUCGAUCGCAUCCAUUAUGGAUUGUGAGGAGGAAGCAGAAGCGCAGGAUAAGAAUCUACCCCACGGUAAAGCGCUGGAACGCGAAAUCCAGAAGCAGAUCUCGUCGGUAGCGGGAACGCGGCCGAUACCACGUGCACCACGCCCACCACCGCCCGUCCGGGAACGCGGCCGACAACCGGCUGCUGCUGUUGCGACAACGUCUUUUGCAACUUGUUUGGCGAAAUCCAAACGCGGUCCGUCUUCGCCGGAAUCAGCCAGCACGGCGGCACGGUUAACUCGUGAUGCCUCCACCAAUACGCGUACGGAAUGGGUGCACGCCCGCGAAUUGGUCCGCGUAGCUGAGUCCGGGCGAUCCGGUUUACAGACGGACUCAUUGGUUGUUAAUAUCAGUGGAUUUAAGCCUCGCGAAUUGGCCAUUACCUGCUUAGAUGACAUCUGUUUUUUGGUUACGUACGCGGAUCGAGAACCUGAGUUUGUUGAGUACCAAGAGUGUAUCCGGAAGAUUCCCCAUAUGGUGGCCGAGUUUUUGUUCCAGAAUAAGGUCCACGUUUCGCAGCCAGUGAGAUGGACACGCCGAUGAAAUGAUUCGAACACUUUUCAGGAAAGAUUGUCAUUUUAUUGUUACUGUUGCUUUGCGUUGCGUGUAUGUUGUGGUUCGAUUUGGCCGUUCAUUGAAGUGUUUGUUGCUUUUCAAUUUGCAAAGCAUUCUAUCGACAGAAUAUGUGUUGUACAGGUCAAAUCACGGUUAGCAAUUUUUUAAUGUUUUUAAGUUGUCCUUCAUAACAUCCAGUAUAAAUCGGUAUGAAUGUUGCCAAAGUAAAUUAUCGUUUGUCGUUGUUCUAAUUCAUCUCCGUGCUAAUUUAAGCCAGGCUGACAUCUGAUCCCGAGUUAGCGAUAAUCCAGGGCAGAUAGCUGGAGAUUCGCGAGUACAUUGCGCCAAUGGCCACUCCACACGGCGGCAUGAAGGAGGCGAUGCCGGCCAGAUAGUGACCGGAAGUCGUUGGGUCCAGACAGACCAACGCUGCACCGCUGUCUCCGACGCAGCUUUCUUGGUUUUUCAGGCCGCCUGCACAUAUGAAUUUCCCUAGAUCGGUGGAUUUUCCCGUGACGUCGUCCACGUUAAAGCCGCAGUUAGAGCUGGUUAGGCUGGCUUGGCGCACUUGUAAAGCUAGCCAUUUGGUGGACGUUGAAAAACCGGGAAUAUGUAUACCUGAAACAUGAGCAAUGUAUCGAUGUUGGGAAGAAUUGGAAAGAGAUUGAAUGCCGUACCGCCUGCUGUAACGUCCAACUCCUCGGCCGAACCGGUAAUAAUGCACUGCUCGUCCACCUCCGGGGCUUUGGCUCGUAAACACAGAGCGCAAGGUAACGGACUGCACAGCGAGGGACGAAUGGGACGGGAGAGAAUCAACAAGGCCAGGUCGUUGUCAGCCAGGACGGGAUUGUACUCUGGAUGCCGGAUGACCUUGCUGACCGUAUAAGUAUCUGCAGUGCAGUCACUGUCUGAGGCAUCGCCGCUAAGCGUUGUGUCGGCUACGCGGGAUGCUGGCAAACCGGAAUUACUGGCGUUCUUCGGCAACUUCCUGCUGCUGCACUGGUCUGUACGGUCACCUAAACGGAUGGUCAGUUGACCGGGAAGGAAAAUCUUCGUUGUGCCACUACAACACAAACACAAAGUAUUGUAUAAGAAAUUAUUUCACUGUGUAACCGUAAGUUAAACUGGAUGAUUUGAACUGUUUGUGCUGUGGUUAAUAUUAGGCUGAAUUUAGAGAGUAUUGU